AUGAAUUAAAAUUAAGAAGAUGAUUCGAGUGAUGAUGUAAUAUAAUUUGAAGAUAAUGAAAUAAUAGAUUUUUAAAAUAUCGAAUCAACUACUCCCAAAGUUUGCUAACCUUUAAAGCAAGAACUUAAGAUUACUAAUGAAUUUAAAAACUUUCCACAAUUAUUGAUAGUCUCUCAGGUAAAAUUAAAAAAUAAUUAUAGCAAGAAAGUCAACCAAUAUAAUAAAAGACCAAUUAAACCAAAAAAUCUCCAUAAACUACAUCUAAUAAUUAAAAAAAUGAUUCUCCUGAACUUCAGAAAUUUAAGGACAAUAACUACUUUAUAUUAUAAAAUUUAUAAAUAGAUUCCUGCAUAGAAUAGUUUUUAAUUUAGCCUGCUCCUAAAGGAGGAAUGAUUUAAUGUAGAUUAUAUAGAGCAUCUCCAAAAUACACAUUAUUUUUAGAAUAAUUCAAUAAUAUUAUUCUAAAUGCUUGGAAAAAGUCAUUUUAAAUCAAAGGCAGCUAUAAAAUAUUUCCUAAAGGCAAAAAAGAAUAAUAUUUAGGAAAAAUAAAAGGAGACUUUAUGGGCUAAAGAUACAUAAUAUAUGAUAAUGGAAAAACUAGAAAAAAGUCAAAAGAUGUAAAUUAGUUAAGAAAAGAGUUAGGAGUGAUCUAUUAUUAACCAUAUGAGAAGAAAUUGCGAUCAAUUUAAGUACAGAUUUAUGAAAAUAUAAGGCAUUUAUUCCUUAACUAACUUCAAAUGAAUAAUUGUUUGAAUUUAAGAAUCAAACACCUUAUUCCUCUAUUGUUGAUAGUUUAGAUAAUGUAAUUGAACUACUUAAUAGAAAACCUUAAUGGAUUCCUUCUUAUAAAGCUUUUGGUUUAAAUUUUUAUGGUAGAAUAUUUAAAAGUUCGGUUAAAAAUUUCAUUUUGACUUAAAGAGGAAGUGAAAUUCCAAUUUUACUAUUCGGAAAGAAUGAUGAUAGAGAAUUCGUUCUUGAUUUUUCCUAUCCACUAACGCCAGUUUAGGCAUUUUGCAUUGCUCUUUCAAGUAUGGAUCAUAAGUUUGGAUGUAAAUGA